CGCAUGCGCGCCGCGCUGCCCGCCCCUCGCCAGCAGCAGCAGCAGGAGGAGGCGGCGGUGGUGGUGAUUCUGGCUGUGGAGAGCGUGAGGCAGUGCGAGCGCCGCUGCCGCCCCCUGUUAUCCGGGAGCCCCAGGUCCGGGCGGAGGAGGCCGGAGCGCCCCGGAGGCGGAGGGAGCCAGAGCGGCGGUGGCAGCCAGCGGCAGCAGCAGCAGCAGCAGCAGGAGGAGUCUGUGCCCGGCCCCCCCCCCCUCCGCUCAGUCCCGUUACAGCCCCCCUCCCUCCGCGCUCCGCUCCGCAGCCACCAACAUGUCGGCGCCGGCGGCCAAAGUCAGUAAGAAGGAGCUGAACUCCAACCACGAUGGGGCCGACGAGACCUCAGAAAAAGAGCAACAGGAAGCAAUUGAACACAUUGAUGAAGUACAGAAUGAAAUAGACAGACUGAAUGAACAAGCCAGCGAGGAAAUUUUGAAAGUAGAACAGAAAUACAACAAACUCCGCCAACCAUUCUUCCAGAAGAGGUCAGAAUUGAUCGCCAAAAUCCCAAAUUUCUGGGUAACAACAUUUGUCAACCACCCACAAGUAUCUGCACUGCUGGGAGAAGAAGAUGAGGAAGCACUGCAUUAUUUGACCAGAGUUGAGGUGACAGAAUUUGAAGACAUCAAAUCAGGUUACAGAAUAGAUUUUUAUUUUGAUGAGAAUCCAUACUUUGAAAAUAAAGUUCUCUCCAAAGAGUUUCACCUCAAUGAAAGUGGAGAUCCAUCUUCAAAAUCAACUGAGAUCAAAUGGAAAUCUGGGAAGGAUCUGACAAAACGUUCAAGCCAGACACAGAACAAAGCCAGUAGGAAGAGGCAGCAUGAAGAGCCAGAAAGCUUCUUUACCUGGUUCACUGACCACUCUGAUGCAGGGGCUGAUGAACUAGGAGAAGUCAUCAAGGAUGACAUCUGGCCAAAUCCAUUACAGUACUACUUGGUUCCUGAUAUGGAUGACGAAGAAGGGGAGGGAGAGGAGGAUGAUGAUGAUGAUGAAGAGGAAGAAGGAUUGGAGGAUAUUGAUGAAGAAGGAGAUGAAGAUGAGGGGGAGGAAGAUGAAGAUGAUGAUGAGGGAGAGGAAGGAGAGGAGGAUGAAGGAGAAGAUGACUAAUUGAACACUGAUGGAUUCCAAACCCCCUUUUUACCUUUUUAAUUUUUCUCCAGUCCCUGGGAGCAAGUUGCUGUCUUUUUUUUCUUGUGCUCAGUCGCCUUGUUCUCUUGAGGUCUCUUUUUCUCUCCUCUACACCAUGGUUCACAAUUUAUUUUGGGGGAAAUACCUUGAGCAGAAUACAGUGGAAAAGAAUCUACCGGUUUCUGUUUCAAGUUCAUUUUUAUCCCUUUCUGUCUCAAAACAAAAACUGUUUAUGGAAUCAACACACCAUGUUCUGUGGGAAAAAAGAAAACCUUCUGCUCCCUUCACUCUGCUGGAAGCUGAAGAGUGCUAGGCCCCUGUGUAGUAGUGCAUAGAAUCUAGCUUUUUUCCUUCUUUCUCUGUAUAUUGGGCUCAGAGAUUACACUGUGUCUCUAUGUGAAUAUGGACAGUUAGCAUUUACCAACAUGUAUCUGUCUACUUUCUCUUGUUUAAAAAAAAGAAAAAACUAAAAAAAAAUGGGGUUAUAGAAGGUCAGCCGGGGUGGGUUUCAGAUGUUUGGGUGGGUUAAGUGGGCAUUUUGACAACAUGGCUUCUUCUCCUUUGGCAUGUUUAAUUGUGAUGUUUAACAAACAUCCUUGCAGUUUAAGAUGACACUUUUAAAAUAAAAUCUUCUCCUAAUGAUGACUUUGAGCCCUGCCACUUGAUGGAGAAUCAGCAGAACCUGUAGGAUCUUAUUUGGAAUUGACAUUCUCUAUUGUAAUUUUGUUCUUGUUUAUUUUUAAAUUCUUUUUUUUUUUUUUUUUUUUUUGUUUCACUGGAAAGGAAAGAAAGAUGCUCAGUUUUAAACGUUAAAGUGUACAAGUUGCUUUGUUACAAUAAAACUAAAUGUGUACACAAA